AUGGACGUAGACAAUUUACCGAUGGAGUCGUUGAAACUAGACAAACAUGAUUUAUCGAUAACAACUGAAAAGCUAUCGAAUGGUGAUGAGUACACAAAAGUUGCAAAUCAUAAUGCAGCAUCCAGACGACGAAAAUUAAUUUUACAUUUCGAUAACCGGAAUACAUUGGAGGUUGCUAACAAUGUAUCAGCGACAACGAUUGAACAAGGUGUAAACAACUUCUUGACAGGUGUUCUUUGGGGCUAUGAAAAAGACAAUGGAGAAUGGGAAUGGAUUUCAACAUCUCCAUCGCUCGAAAAGCCUGCGCACUGUCCUCAUUGUAUAACAUACUUUAAAUAUCUCGAAAAUCAAAUCGUUAAAGAAGCUAUUGAUCGAAAACAAUUGCGUGCAAAAACGGGAAGUUUCGUACAAAACGAAGGCUCACGUUUUCGUCGAUUUUACGAUGAAUUGAUCGAAUCACUUCGAUAUUAUGAAUUGACACAUCCGGAACGAAAACGCGAAGAUGAAAUAUUAGCAUCCGAAAGUCAACAGGAUCAAGCGGGAGAACAACCUUCCAAUCAAUCCCAUACCGUUUCACAUGAGAAUGAACGUCCACGACGCCCAUCAGUUCUUCAUAAAAAUUUAGUACCUGUCAACGGUUAUCGUUCACGUAAUGGUACGCUGUAUCAUUAUGUUUUACCGUCUUUCUUUCGUUUAAUUCAAUAUUUACAAGAUACAGAUCGUGAUUUUGUGAUAUACUUGCGAACAAUGGGGGAUGACUCGAAGAAUUUUCUUCUCAAUGCUCAACGUAUUCUUUCUAAUGAACAUCCCGCAUUUCAAUUCCAUAAAAGCUUGGACGUUAACCACGAGCCUGGGCUUAUCAGUCGAACACCGGAUACCAUCAUAUCUCUUCGAAUGAAAUUCGAAGAAGACGAUGAGAUGCAAGUGCUCGAAGACGAAUUCUUGAUUGAAGAAAAACUGGCAAAUGCACACGGCAUCCAUGCAAUCAAAGAUGAUUUUGGCGCAUGGUGUCGUACGAACUAUCAUUAUACUACGUCCAAGCCGAUCUGGUUUGAUCCGGACGAUCGAAAUCCCGCAACACAUCAUAUUUUAUUUGAUGAUAACUUUCGUGUGAUUCAUCCCAAUGAUUCCAUUGUUGAUAUUCGCAUUAUGGAUCAAGUUCGACAUAAAUGUUAUUCAUGCUCAUUUGAUUUCUAUCCCAAACUGGAAAAUGUGUUUGCCGUUCAAGCGAAUUUAUACUUGAUUUUAGCUGAUCGUGAUUAUUAUGUCAAAUCUGUGAACGAAUGUGAGCAGAAUCUCGAUCGAUUACUUGAAGAUGCUCAACUAUUAAAAGAAAUCAAAGAGAAAAGUCUCCAGAAUCAAAACUGA